GAAAUGUUAUGGAGGGUGUCUGUGUUAUGGUGUGUGUUUCCAAGUGUUAGUGGAACUGUGAGAAGGCAUCUCUUUCACAGAGCGGACAGGUGGCCAUGAUUUACGGCCUCUUACAGGAAUCGCCCCCGUCUAUGAGAGCCAUUUAAAGCGUGCACACGCACACAACAGAAGUAAGACUAUGACAGAACUGCUGUCUGUGACACAGCAAUGUAAAGAGUGUGAAACUAGGGGAAAGACAACAAAUGCAAAAAGGGCCACUGAUGCAACUCUCUUGACACACUCUUCUGUAAAUAAGUUGUUUUCAGACCCACCUCUGCUUACUCUUCACUCUCACACACACCAACUCUUCCCCUCAUUUUCUCUGCUGUACACACACACACACACACACACACACACACACACACACACACACACACACACACAUGUACACACCCAGUCUCACACCGCCAGCCAGCCAUUCGUUCUUCACUCACACCCUCAAAUCUUACCAAGCUCGGCUCUCCCCGCUCAGAGGCAGACAGGAGCAGCGCGGCAGCCUGCUAAAGGAGUUGAGGGAAGGAGCAGCGGAGUCAGAGAGACAGACAUUGAACGAGAGAAGGGAGGGGGAUGAAAGAGUGAAGGGAGAGCAAAGCAGGGAGAGAGCGCUGUUCCCCAUAUGCUGAGGGGGCAAUGGGCGGUUGAACAAGCUGCCCCCACUGAAGCCUCCUGACUCAUGGGAGCGUCAGACCCCGAUCCCCCAGAGAGCUUGGAAACGCUGCCGAACCACGCGCAACAGAGAAGGAGGGGAGCCAGAGAGAGAGAGAGAGAGAGGGAAAAAAAAAAGUCCGGGGAGAGGAGAAGACGGGAGAGGAGAGGGAAGGAAGCCACAACGGUAGGCUGUCCCACUCAAUUGCUGUGCCGUGAUGACGUCAGAGGGCAUGUGACCCAGGCUCUCCAGUGACGGCACAUGGAGGGCAGGAAAGAGACGAGUUUUAAAGCUGGUGCCUUCUGGGUUGUGUGAGGGCUCUGCUCGCCUCCCAAACAACCACAGAACCACAGACGUGCGGCUCGGGGUUGGUGUUUGAGGGCGACCUGGAGUGUAAAUGGUUAAUCGUCGCGGGCCAGCACCAGUCACAAGGACGGCGCUAAGCGAGUAAGUACGUUCCAACCACACUCGCCAAGCAAGCAAGUCCGACACCAUCUGAUCUAUCCGCAAAGGCGAUAUUUGCCUCUGCACUUUUUUUUUUCCUCUCUCUGUAAAACCAGACCUGGUUGUUACUUGUGGUCAUCCAAAUAGUUGAUACGUAGAAGCAUGUCUUGUGGAUGGCUUUUCCAUUUUUUUCCUCAUGACAUGCUGCGUGCUCUUGGUUUAGGACGUGUCAAGGGUCACGGAAACCACAGAGGAACAAAAGUGGGGCUUGCUGCGACCAGAGGCAGCCAUGGCAUCUAACAGCCUUUUCAGCACGGUGACGCCAUGUCAACAAAACUUCUUCUGGGAUCCCAGCGCCAGUCGGAGGUUCAGUCCGCCGUCCAGCAGCCUCCAGCCGGUCCCAGGGAAGAUGAACGACGUGAGCUCCCCCGGCGGGCAGCCGGACGCGGCGGCGGCGGUGCCAAGACUGCGCCCCCACGAAAACCGCAGCAUGGCCGAGAUCAUCGCCGACCACCCGGCCGAGCUGGUCCGGACCGACAGCCCCAACUUUCUGUGCUCGGUCCUGCCCUCCCACUGGCGGUGCAACAAGACGCUGCCCGUCGCCUUCAAGGUGGUCGCCCUGGGAGACAUACCCGACGGGACAGUCGUCACGGUAAUGGCGGGGAACGAUGAGAACUACUCUGCCGAGCUGCGGAAUGCCUCGGGUGUGAUGAAGAACCAGGUAGCGCGCUUCAACGACCUUCGCUUCGUGGGCCGCAGUGGCAGAGGCAAGAGCUUCACGCUGACAAUCACAGUAUUCACCAACCCACCACAAGUGGCCACUUACCACCGAGCCAUAAAGGUCACCGUGGACGGACCGCGUGAGCCCAGGAGGCAUCGUCAAAAGCUUGAGGACCCUCCCAAGGCCGGUCUCUUCUCCGACCGCCUCAGUGAGCUCGAGAGGAUGAGGGUGAGGGUCGGCGUUCCCAAUCAAGCCCCCCGGCCGACUCUCAAUACGGCACCAAACUCCUUCAACCCACAGGGUCAGACGCAGAUAACAGACCCUCGUCAGUCCCAGUCCUCUCCUCCCUGGUCAUAUGAGCAGACGUACCCGUCCUACCUGAGUCCCAUGGCGUCCCCCUCAGUCCACUCCACCGCCCCCCUCUCCUCCAGCCGAGGCACGGGCCUGCCUGCCAUCAGUGACGUGCCUAGACGAUUGCCAGGUUCUUCCGACCUGAGCCCAUUCCCUGGUCAGUUUGAGCGUCAGUUCCCGGGCCUCUCCUCCCUCACAGAGACCCGCUUCUCCAGCCCUCGGAUGCACUACCCAGCCACCUUCACCUACACCCCGCCCGUCACCUCCGCCAUGUCCCUGGGCAGCGCCCACUACCACACCUACCUUCCCCCUCCUUACCCGGGCUCCACCCAGAGCCAGAGCGGACCCUUUCAGACCAGCAGCACACCCUAUCUCUACUACGGCGCCUCGUCCGGCUCGUACCAGUUCUCCAUGGUCCCCGGCGGCGAUCGCUCGCCCUCCCGGAUGAUCCCGCCUUGCACUAGCGCCUCCACGGGCACCUCCCUGGUGAACCCCAACCUGCCCAGCCAGACGGAGGGAGGGGUGGAGGGCGACGGGAGCCACAGCAACUCCCCGACAGUUCUCAACCCCGGAGGCCGCAUGGAUGAAGCUGUCUGGAGGCCGUAUUGAAGAAGAGCAGGGGGCGGAGAUUCGGAAGUCAGCUGAGGUCAUGGUUUGAAAGCACAAAACCUUUUUAUAUUGAAAAGGGGAUUUUUGAGCUCUCAUCAUCUAUCUCUACCUUUUGCUUGGAAAUUAAGGUUGAGAUAAGAAGAAAAAGAAGAGAAAAAAGAGACCAGACAUGUAUGGACUUGUCUUCCUGGAAUGUGUUUUGACCAAGGCACUACAAAGGGAGUCAUUCUCACAGCAAUAAUGAGAAAGACAAUUUUGGUUUACUAGGCCUCAGUGGAUGAGACAUUAUUUCAGUUUUAUUAUAAUCCACAAGCUAAGGGAUGCUUCAACAAUAUUUGUAGAAGACUGCCUUUUUUUGUAUAGUGUUUGUAUUUCAAUAAGGCUUUUUGCAGAGCAUGUUUUUGUACUACGACAAUAUCAAGAUGCAAGUUAAGCACUGAGUAGCAAGUGAUGAGAGUAACGCAUAUGUUACCUUAAGUGGUAUGGACAGUAAAUUUGCUUUAAAUCAAUUAAUUUAACUUGUACAUUGUGGGUGAAACGAUGUAGAUUAAGGCGUUUUUUUUUUCUUAGUUUUAACUUAUAAAGCCAUAAAUUAUGUAUUGUAUUUGAAACUUGAGGCAAAGAAGUGUAAUCUGAAUAUUUUUGAUGCAUCUAUAUGACUAAGUUAAAAUGAAUUUUCUUAUGUUUUUUUUGAUAGGGUAAUUUAAGAUAGUGAGAGGUCUAAUUUCUUUUUUUUUUGCAGUACCCAAAGAUUUAAAUAGUUUUCAAAUAUGAAAUGUAAUUUCCAAAGAGUAUUGCAACAUGUUUCUUCUGGUGUAACUUUCAGUUUAACUGCUCCACACGUUGAGAGCCCGACAUCCGCGCUAGGCGUUGACACACAUUUGGCUGGGAAUUAAACCUUCGGUAUUUAUUGAGCAAUAACUGGUAUUGUGCCUCUUGGCAACAUACCAUGAAAGAGCGCUUCAAUGGGGGAAAAAUAAUUAUCCGUUGGGGGAAAAGUCUGCUCGAUUUCUGUAGUUUGUCUGACAUGCACACGCAUAUGCAUAUGUAUUUUCUUAUCCAAAUGAGAAAUGGUACGUUUAUAGACGAAUUGACACAGAGCCCAAAGAUGAUGAUUGCAGUGCCUCGUCUGGCGGCGCACCCCGAAGCAACAGGUCAGACUUUUUAGGGUUCAGUUAGCUUGUGAUACAUGAAGUCCUCAGGACUGGAGUAAUCUUUGGGGUGAUCCCGCGUAUUUUUUGCUAAACCAGCUCCAUCAAGAUCAUCGGGGGGAUGGGAAAUGCCAAGUCUGUUAUAUCUUUCAUAUCAUAUGCAAAAGAGAGCUUUGAAAAAGUUUGUCUUGGUGUGUGACACACGUGGGUACUUUGUUCCUUUGCAUUCUUCUUCUCUCUCAGUCUUUAAGAUUGAAAGGGAGACAUCGCAGUUAAAAACAAGAGACUGUGACAUUCCUUCAGACAUUUAUUUAUUCAAUUUUUUUUGCCUUUGUUGACAUGAUUUACCAAAUACAUUUGUACGGACCUCGCUAACCCGUGUCACAAUCGGAAAAUCUCUCCGUGGCACCAGGAUGAGUGGGAGGCCUGAUAUUUUCCAACCUGAAAUUACUAUGUGAGUCGAUUAUUUUAUUUUUUUUUUUUUUUAAUGUUUUUUUUGAAAGCGUCGGGAGUAAAAGGAAAACGUGCAAACCCAAGGUGAUUGGAUGCAGCUGCUGGCAGCAAACUGGUAACCAGAAAAUAUGGGCGACUUGUGUAUGUUUGUUUCAUAAAGCACUUAUUUCUUGUUUUAUUUCUAGCAGCACUUGUGGCUGGCUGCCAGCAGGGCUCGUGGUUUUGGUCCUCUCUGCCGAUAUAAUGCCCCUGGAGUCACACACACACACACACACACACAGAAUGGAUAACACUUGGCCAAACAAGCCAUUUACAUUGGAGCUGAAUCUGAUCUCACCAGGCAGUUGGUAUUUGUUUGGAGAGAAAAAAAGAGACUUCUUUUUUUUCCCCCUUUCAUGCAAUAUGAUAUUCAGUGCAUAUAGGUAAUAUAAUAACCCAAUUUGAAAAAGCUGAGAAAAACAUGGCCCUGUCCAAGGAUCAGACUUCAAGCUUUUCAUUGAAGGUUUGCACGCAGUGCCUCUUUUUUCCAGCCUCUGCAGAGGAUGUUCUGAACUCACUUAAUGGAAUUGAACAUGUCACACUACAUUUCCCCAACUGCUUCAGCCCAAACGAGAAGUAUUUUAUUUUUUUAUUUUUUUUUGCUGUUACAGUGUAACAUAAGAAAGCAAAUAAAAACCUUUUAGAUUGUUGUGAUUUUAUAGCCCCCCCCCCUUACAAAUUUAUCCAGUGUCUCCAUGGUAACCGCGCACGUUUGCUGCAGUUUAUCCAAAAGCCUCCUCGCUCAUUCCAAGUUUUUGAACAGGAAAUGGUCUUUUAAAAACUGUUUACACACCACCGCAGCACUGACAUCCCAUUCUGUCCUCAUGUGCUUUUAUUUGUGUUUGGAGGUUGUUUGUUUUUCUCUCCUCCUCCUCCAGAAAAUAGGAGGUCCAUCCUUUUCUUUCCUUUUGGUUUAAUGUUGCGUACGUCAGAGAUCGUAUUGUAUUAUUUAAUGAUCAACAUGUAUGAUAUCCAGGAACAGUACUUUACCCUGCUCUUAUGUAAAGUUUUCUUGUUGUGUUUUUUGUUAUGCUUCUUCUCUCAUGAACGCUUGUCAGGAAACUGAAAAUAAUGGAGACGCCGUGAGAUUUUGCUGGUACGUUUCGUAAAGAUCAUCGAGGGUUUUUUUGUUUGUUUUGUUUUUCGAGGGACAAACACACCUGACAACAGUGAGUGAAAUUGGCAUUGUGAUUGUACAUUUUGUCUAUUUUAAGAAUAAAAUAGGAAAUUUUGUAACUUAA